AUGGCAAGCUCAACUUCCAUACUUCAACCCAAGAAACUCUCUCUUUUAAUCCUCAACAUAUCCUUUCUCUUCCUCUUGUGUCUCUCUCUCAUCACGACACAUCUCCAUUCUCUCUCUCAUCACAGCUCAGGCUUACUGGGCCAAUCCAAUAAUACAAAUCUCAGUGAGAUCAAACUAGUUGAUGGCUGCACAAAUCUCCAUGAACACACAGAUUAUGAAACCAAGUGCUUGUAUGUCAAAACACAAACAGGUUGCAGGCCUAAAGGGUACAUCAAUUAUCUCCAAAUAUUUUACUGCAAUCUUGGCAAGUUUCCAGUUCUAGGCCAUGCUGCAAUUCUACUUUGGCUUUUUGUUUUAUUCUAUCUGUUGGGAAACACAGCUGCUAAUUAUUUCUGUUCCUCCUUAGAGAGCUUGUCCAAAAUCUUGAAGCUCUCUCCUACCAUAGCCGGAGUCACCCUCCUCUCCCUCGGAAACGGGGCCUCCGAUGUCUUUUCGAGCAUCGUUUCUUUCACGAGAUCCGGUGAUGGUGAUGUUGGCCUCAACAGUGUGCUAGGGGGUUCCUUCUUUGUGUCCAGCAUUGUGGUAGGAGUUAUUAGCAUACUAAUUAGCCCUCAACAGAUUUCAGUUGAUGAGGCCAGCUUUGUUAGAGAUGUGAUCUUCUUCUUAUUCUCUCUCUCAUCUCUUCUUGCAAUCAUUGUUAUUGGAAGGAUCAACUUGUGGGGUGCCAUUUCUUUUCUUGCUAUUUACUUUGUUUAUGUUGGCACAGUCUCAGCCACUCAAUUAUACAAAAGGAAAAACAGAGAAUUGUUAGGGGACAGGUUUUCAACAUCUCUUGCUGCUUCAAAGAAUUUACCAGUGCUACAAAGCUUUGAUGACUUAGGAGAUAGUACUAGUACACCAUUACUAGGCUAUGUUGAUGAGGAUAAACCUAUUUUCGACGCGAAUUCGAAAGCCAGUCUUGAUGUUCAUCAAGAACAAAAUUCUGGGUUUUCUUAUUUGGGAACAUUGAUUUAUAUCUUGGAGUUACCUCUCUACUUGCCUAGAAGAUUGACCAUACCUGUUGUGAGUGAAGAAAGAUGGUCCAAGCCAUAUGCAGUUAUUUCUGUAACUUUGGCACCAGUUUUGCUGGCUGCCCUUUGUAACACACAGAGGGAGAAUCAGAGCUCAAGAGGUAAAUUAGUAACAUACAUGACAGCAGGGCUGAUUGGGUUGGUUUUGGGCAAUCUUGCAUAUGUGACCACAAAAAAUUGCGGCCCACCAAAGAAGUGCUUGUUCCCUUGGCUUGUUGGUGGGUUUUUUAUGAGUGUAGCUUGGACUUAUAUUAUUGCUGAAGAAUUGGUCUGUUUGUUAGAAUCAUAUGGGAAUAUACUGGGGAUUAGCCCUUCAAUUCUAGGACUUACUGUCCUAGCUUGGGGUAACUCCCUUAAUGAUUUGAUAGCUAAUGUUGCUAUGGCAGUGAAUGGUGGGCCAGAUGGGGCCCAGAUUGCUAUUUCGGGCUGUUAUGCGGGUCCCAUGUUUAACACAUUGGUGGGAGUGGGUAUCUCACUGGUUUUCUCAUCUUGGUCUGAGUAUCCAUCCUCCUAUGUCAUUCCCAUUGACCAUUCUCUCUAUGAAACGAUAGCGUUUUUGAUGGGUGGCUUGCUGUGGGCCCUCGUGAUUUUGCCCAAGAAGGAUAUGAAGCUGGAUCGUUAUAUGGGGAUUGGCCUUGUGGCAAUUUACUUGUGUUUUCUGUUUCUCAGGAUGGCCAUGCUCUUGGUCUUUUGA